CUCAACAGGUAAAUCGAUAAUGAAGCUAUUAUAGAAAGCUAAUGUCAAUAAGGGAAAGCAAACUUAAACAGAAGUUGGAGCCAUUUGUGUGUGAGCUUUCUUGUAUGAAAAUGUUUCACUUAGUAAAUGAGAGUUAUUGAGAUAUUACUGUUUAUAGUAAUCAAUCGUAAGAUUUCAUUGAAUAGAUUAAUUUCAGAAGCUUGGGCAAGCCAAUUCAUUGUCCAUAAUUUGUAUUUUAUAUACAUUCUGUUUUGUUUUGUAUACAUUCGUUCGGCGUCGAUUUCGGUUUGUAUUUUCGAUCAUUUAUUAGUCUUUUAUAAAGCCUUAAAAUGCCUGUUUUGAGGCACGUUAAUAUGUCGACCGAUGUUUAUUUUGUGUGCUUAAAUCAUGCAAUGUCUACUGAUGGUGAAGAAAUUGUUGGAUUGCUGGUUGGUGAGGUUGAUGAAAAUAGAGUAGCACAUGUUUCUGCCAUUGUAAUCUUGAGACGCUCUGACAAAAGAAAAGAUAGAGUGGAAAUAUCACCUGAGCAGUUGUCAAAUGCUUCAACUGAAGCAGAGCGAUUAGCUUGUAUCUUAAAACGACCUAUACGAGUUAUUGGAUGGUAUCACUCGCAUCCUAAGCUUACAGUUUGGCCUUCUCCUAUUGAUGUUAAUACCCAAGAUAGUUAUCAACUUAUGGAUGAAGGAUUUAUUGGUGUGAUUUUUUCAGUUUUUAAUGAAGACCCCAAUAAAAAAGGUGGACGGAUUCAGAUGACUUGCUUCCAGUCACAGACUACUUUGUUAGAUGAAUGCAAUGUUGAGAAAAAACGUCUUGAUAUUCCUAUUCAUUUAGUUCCAACUUCCUGCAUUAGCUCCGUUUGCAUGAAUGCACUGAUACAGUUACCACGUUUUUUGUGUCAAGAAGAGAACCUUGCAUAUCAAAUGACAAGUCAGGUGCCAUUAGAUUAUUUAACCAGGCUUCAUAACAGUUCAGUUUACAUUAAGGCAAUGGGUCAAAUUGCUGAAGUAAUAUGUGGACCACUCUUGAAAAUGCUUGAAGAAAGAAUAAUCAAUAAUGAAAUGAAAAGGAAAAAGCUGCUAGAGAAAAAGAAAGAAUUAAUGGCUCGUAUUGAAGAAAUGCAUAAAGAAGUUGAUAAGAUGAAAAUAGAGGAAGAGAAUGCAAAUGUACAACCAUCUACUGAUAACAGUACAUCUACCUCCCAACCCAUAGAAGAAAACGAAGAUGUGUCACCAAAAAGUCCAGUGGAAUCCAGUCCAUUGCCUGAAAAUAAAGAGGAUGUUUCUGAAUGUACAGCGUCCUCUACUUCCGAAAUUGUAGAUAAACAAUCCGACGUAAAUAAGUCUGAUAAAAUGUCUGGUGAAUCUGGUUCUGUAGAAGAGUGUGAAUCUAUUAAAGAAUCUAAUGAUAAUGUUUUACCUGAGGUAGAUAAGUGUGAGGUUCGAAAGAAACCUUCAAAUCAAGACGAACCCUACUCUCCAACUGAUUCGAUUACUGAUUCUCCUAUUUCUGAAGAAGAAGAAGAAGUUUCCAUCAAAAUCAGUAACAUACCUGCAGACAACAAUUAGAUUGUCUGAAAAAUUGUCAUUGUUACAAUUUGUGUAUUUUGUUCUAUUGUGUAAAAAUAAUUUUGUGUUUAAUCAUAUUUUUCAUCUUGUAAAAGCUAUAUCAUAUAUUAACUGUUAUAUAUAAUAACUUAUAUAUAUAUAUAUAUAACUUCUUAUCCUCUGUGAAUGUGUAUUGCAUUAAAAACAAUUCAUCAUUUUCAAGUGAAGUCUCUUUAUAAAACAAUUAAGCUCUGAGAAAUUUUGAUUGUUAAAAUGAUGAAUUCUCGGACAUUUCAAUUGUUUAUUCUGUGCUGUUAUAUAAAAACUAUCUUGUUGUUUACUUAUAAUUUGCAUCAUUGUAAAAGCGCUAUUACAUAUAUUAACUGUUAUAAAUAUCUAAAAAUUUAUUUCAUGUAUGUAUAUCUUGCAUUGAAAACAAAAUUCAAAAUUUGCAUGUGUAACUUCAUUAAAGUCACAUCUUCACGUGUUUGAUACGAAUGAAAAUUUUGGCUUACAACUUCUUCUAUAUUUUACUUUUUAAAUCGUCUCUGUCAAUAUAUUUGCAGAACUGUUUGAGAAAUUGUCAUUUUUAAAAUGUGCACAUUUUGUGCUAUUAUACGAAGGCUGUUUUGUACUUUCAUAUUUUUCAUCAUAGUAGAAGCUGUGUCAUUAAUUUUUAUGUAUUCCUAUAACUUCGGUUCAUUUAGUGAAUGUCUUGAUGUAAAUCAUUAAUAAAGUAAUAAUAGCCAACUUUAUGUGUGGAACGUUUUGCUUUCAGUACAACUCUGUCAUCUACUUUGAAAUUUUAAGUUUAAAUAAUGUAAAUUUGUAUCUGCCUCUAGCAAAACUUUACAAUUGUUAAUAUAAUUUUGUUGCUUAAAUUGUAUUUUUUAAAAUU